AUAGAAAUCGGAGUAUAUUUUUCUAAUUCUUUGGUCAGAAAGGUAACCUAUGCAACGCACCUUUAACAUGUGGCUGCGUUAUUUAGCCCUCGGGGCCAUUGUUUGCGUUUGUUCUUGUACAGAAGAACCUGCGAAUCUCGCCGCCAACGAAGACGAAAACAUUGAUAUUUUAGAAGAGUUAAGGUUAUUACGGAAAAUGGUAGUAGAAAAUAGAAUACUGAUCACAAAACAAGAAACGGAGCUAAAGACCGUGAAACGCGAGCUCGAAGAGACAAAAAGAAAUUGUCAUUGUGGAUCAACGUCUGAUGAAAAGAAAAUUACAGCCAAAAAAGUAGAAGUCCCUCAGAAAAAGGCAACGCUAAUCCGUAGAGGUAGGAUAAUUCCCCCCACUUCUCAUGAUGGACCCGUUGCGUUCUAUGGUUACAUGUCUACUCCAAUGACGAACAUCGGUGGCCACCAUACUCUGGUCUUUGAUGUCAUCAAAACUAACUCUGGAAACGGACUACAUCCUACCACAGGAGUCUUCAUGGCACCGAGCUCUGGAUUUUACGUUUUCACUUGGACUAUUAGAGAAUUUGACAAUAGUUACCACAGCGUGGAACUGGUCGUGAAUGGACAGGAAGUCGGGGCUCUCUAUCAACACGCUGGACCUGGAGAGGACGAUAUGAGUAGUACCACUGUGGUCAUCCAUGUCAAUGAGGGGGAAGACGUUUUCUUGAGAACCAAAAUGGAUUUCAACCAAGGAGUGAUUAAUAGCAGCAUACAUGGAUACUCUUCCUUUGCGGGAUGGAAGCUGAAUUAAAAAAAUAAUAAUAAAA